AUGAUGGAAGAAGGGGUUUCUAUUAAAAAUGAAGAAAAAGGUUUUGAUAUUAAACAAGAAAAUUUGGAAACCAUAAAAUUCGAAUUUGACUCUGGAAGUGAAGAUAGCAGUAAAGGUGGCAGCGGUGGAUAUCAGCGUUGGGCGCCUAAUUUGAACGGAAUAAGGAAAAGUGCAUUCACGCCGUAUAAAUCCGUGCAGUGCACGGCGCUAACCAAUUUGCAGAGAGGUAACACGCAGGCGCGAGUACCGGAGCUGCCUCAGCCCGAUUGUAGCUUUCACGCGAAGGCUGGUCGCGGCGAGAUAUCCCGCGAGGACGUGAAACUGGAGCAGUAUGUCGAUAUCACGGAUGAGCACGGCCUCACCGCCCUGCACUGGGCAGCUAGCUAUGGCCAAUUAAACAGCUGCCAGGACCUUGUGUGGUGUGGUGCUAAUGUCAACAUGCGAGGUCCUGAAGGUGAAACAGCAUUACACCUGGCAGCAGCAGGGGGCCACCAUGAAGUUGUAAAACUCCUCUUGAGUGAAGGUGCUGAUGCUGAUAUUCAAGAUGAUUCUGGUAGUACGGCUCUAAUGUACGCGGCAGCUGCCGACUUCCCUUAUACCUGCAAUGAGCUCCUCAUCCGUGGAGCUGAUCUCACACUCACCAACGAUUACGAUCAAGAUGCUUACACACUGACUACAACCAAUAAUUGCAAGUUAGCACAAACUGUGAUAGAAAACUUCUUGAUUGGCUGCCUCAGUAAAGUGUGA